UGCUCCCACGUUUCUAUGGUAGAGCGCGCUCGGAGGCGGCCGCGGCGGCCAGGGGUGAGGGCGUGUGGGUCCAACUUUCCCGCUGGCCUGAGAGGGUCGGGGGCGCGGAGGGGCCGCGAUGUCCGAGAAGAAGCAGCCGGUAGACUUGGGCCUCCUGGAGGAGGACGACGAGUUCGAGGAGUUCCCUGCGGAAGACUGGACUGGUUUAGAUGAAGAUGAAGAUGCACAUGUCUGGGAGGAUAAUUGGGAUGAUGACAAUGUAGAGGAUGACUUCUCCAAUCAGUUAAGGUUUGUGGAUUUUAUUGUGUAUAAACCUUGGUAUCUCCAUUAGUGAAUAAUAUAUUUCUCUUUAUUUUCCUGUUUGAGUCAUGAGUAUUGUUCCCCACAAGGUUAUUCAUAUGUCAUCAGCUCUGUCAAAUAGAACAUAUUGUAGUGAUGGAAGUCUUCUGUAACCCAUUAAUGUGAUUAUUGAGCACAUGAAAUGUAGCUAGCGCAGCUAAUGAACUACAUUUAAUAAAUUAAUUUUACUAAAUUGCCACGCGUGAAUACUAUAUUGGACAGCAUAGGCUCAGAUGAUAUUUAUAUUUCUGCUUUAAGUCUCCAGCAAAGAUACUCUUCCUAGUCUUUGUAAAAUGCAUUGAUGCCUUAGUGUGGUAUUGUAAACCAUGG